UAUGAACACAGUGAAACACAUGCAAAGGGUUACUUCAAAUAUGCUGCUAUCUUGCAAUAUUGUGAUAGAACAGAAUUUAUCAAACCUUCCAAAAAUACAGUAUGCACAGUCAAUACAACAUAUUGUAAUUAAAAGAAUAACAUACUAGAAUGCAUGUAAUACAUACCAAACAUAGAACUACUUCCAGGAACUUGUUAAAAUAGUAAAAUCUAAAUGUGCGCGAAAAGCUGAAAUCGUGGCAGAUUGGUAUUCUUUCAAUUCAAUUAUCAGGAGAAGAAAUAGUAGCAGUCAACACAAAAUAUGAGAACUGGAGCAGACAACACUUUUGAAUAAAUGCUGAAAUAUUCACAGUGUUUCAUACACCCUUUCUCCAAGAAAUGACGUCUCGUCAUUUAUCUACACAACGUGUAAACAGCCUCUACUACAACUUCCAAAAAGAUUGAAAUCAGAACUAGCCUAUAACUACUUUAGUAUACAACUGUAUUACUUCUGUUAAAACUAAUCUGUAUUACUCAAACAAUAUGACCUUAUAAUCACACAAGUAUAUGUCAAACAAAUUCAAAAUUUGCACAAAAAAAAUAUAAAAUUUCAACAUUUCAAAGAUACUACUUACUGGUAAUUUCAUGUGCAAGACUUUAAAAACCAGUAAUUGCCGCUUCUCUCCCUUUCUUGAAAAUAAGCGUCCUUGCUUGUCUCGAGCACAUCUGAAUUCAUGAAAUUUUAUUUAGAUUAUCUAAAAUAUGAUAAAUUACAGUACAACAGAUUUCAUUUUAUCAUUGUAUUUCAAUUCCAAACAGUAUCUUCACUCCUGUACUAUCAUGGUAUCCAUAUCCAUCAAUAUUUCUGACUCUACCAAAAUCGUCAGAGCUAAUUUUUUCGAAUCUUGUAGUUUUGGUACCAUCUGGAUUAAAUGAUAUGCGUCAUAGCUAGCAGGCAUUCUCCUUUGUCUGUAUGAUCUCCUCGGACCUUCUUCCAUAUCAUCUUCAGUUUCAGUAGGUUGAGCAUCUACUGUUUCGUCUCUAUGUCUCUCUGCUUGUUCAUAUCUGUUACUUACUUUUCGACCGUAUUCCACUCUCUUUGUUUCUGUCUCCUAUCUCUAUGCUUGACUAAUUUCUGACGAGUUUCUUCUCUCAGAUUUGCUUCACUUGUCGUCCGUGCUAUGUUUUAAUUUGUCUCGACUUUAGGUUCUCUUAGUUCAUUACCACUAUGUUCUAUGAUAUGAUCUUCCUGCCUUCAUUGCCGUUCAUACCAAGUAUAUUGUCCAUGACCAUCUUGUACCACUUCAACAUCCAUCAGAGGUGAAUAUCUGCCACCCUAGUCUAUAUCAGGCCUGACCUCAAUAACAUCUCUAUGUUCUAUUGUAGCGCUAUUUCUGCUUCUAUUAUCAUCUUCUACUUUUUCAAUAGUUUCAUCCGCUCUUCUAGUCGUCACAAGUAAAUGGGCGUCCCCACCAUUAGAUGUAGCAACUACAAAAAGUACCAUGACUCGUCAUCUGUUUCUACUUCCUCAUUUGUGUCGACACAUUUUUCUUCACCCUUCUCCUCUUCUUUUUCCUCUCUCUUAAAAUGCUGCUGGUGUCUUUCCAUUUCAGAGUUAAGGCAGGACACGCCAAGUACAGAGAGAAAAAGGUCUUUUUCAAGAACAUCGUCGAUUCAAAGCCAUGGAGCCUGUGGUACUUCGACCGCUUCCGAAGAUGUUUGGUCCACAUCAGGAUAUUCAAGUAUGCACACUUCUUUGCCGAACGAGGUUGGAAAUCUUACCGAAGACAGAUCUUCAACACAUACCUUUGGUCUUGAGGAAGUCCACAAGAUUAAAGAAAGUCAAAAGUGUUUGAACGAAUUUCAGGCCAACGAUCCAAUUUUUGAUCAGAAUUUAUCCGACAGAGACUUGACGCCAGAAUUAAAUGAAGUUUUGCGUUCCAAACCAUCAGCACAUGCUUUUGGCCUUGAGGAGAUCCACAAGAAGAUUAUCAAACAAAAUCUGAAGGAUUUGAAAGAUAAUCUUGAUAUUGAUCCGAUAUUAGAUCAGUUUUUAUCUGACGGAGACUUGACACCUGAAGCAUAUGAAGUUUUGCGUUCUAAACAAACGUGUAAACGGAUCAAAUGCUUUCUUUUCAAAAUGUUCCGCUUUAAGAGAGAUGCAUUCGAUAGAUUUUUACUGUACAUAAAGAGAGACGAACCACAGGCCUUUUUAGCUGACAUGUUGAAAGAACCGAAGCGAAUGCAAACUCCUGAGUCCACCACCCUAAACACAGAUGAUAUGAGAAGAAACAUCAACACAUACAAGGAAGACAUUUUAAACCAAAUUGAGCCAGAUGAAGUUGCUGAUUUUUUCAUCAUGUAUGAGAUCAUAGAUGUCGAACAAUACGAGCGCUUAACAAAUGAAUUACCGGCACAAAUGGGAAGGGAUAUUCUGGCCAUACUGUUAACCAAACUGCCAGAAGGUUUCAGGGUUUUUCUGACAGCCUUGAAAGAUUUAGACAGAACUAAAUUGUUCGAAAAGCUUAACACCAAACCAAUUAUAGAUCGUCUUUCUAUUUCAAGACCAAUUGAAGAAAAAUGGACAUCAACUGUUAUACCAAUUCAAACAGAAGCCAAACAUUCCGAUUUGAGAAUAAUAAUUGCAGGAAAAUGUGGAUUUCACUUGGAAUUAACAAGCGACGCGAUGAAAGUCGAGGAGAAAAAGCUGGUAGAGCAUUUCAACGAGGCAAAUAUCAGAAUAGAAAUCAAUAAUAGAAUAAUAGCUGACGAAAAACUUAUUAUAAAGAAAGUAUACAACGGAUCUAUUGUAUUUCAUCUACAGUGGACUUCUGAGGUUUGGAGAACACUAAGUGUCGAUAGAAUCAGGCAAACAAUUAUAAACGCUAUCAACAAAAUGAUGAAAACAGUUCCUAUCGAAUACCAAUUCAGCGAAGAUCCACAAUGGGAUAUACACGUACGCCCAAUGCAUGAUAGCGACAAACACGAGGGAAAUGUGGAUAAAAUAAACCGAGAGGCCAAAGGUGCCUUGAAAUUUGUUGAGGAGCACAGGAAAUUCCUAACAGAAGAACUCGGCGGUAGAAAGACUGCGUUAACUUUACACAAUAAAAAAGUAAUAUCAGAUGAAGAAUUGUCUGACAUACUUUCACAGUCUAGUCGACGAAAUAGGGUUGACAGUUUACUGGACACGCUUGCUGAAAAAGGGGAGAAUGCGGCUAAAAUGUUUUUGGAAGAAAUGAAAAACAAUUGCGGCGAAUACGAAUACAUUUGUGGUCAUCUCUGGCCAGAAAAUGAUAAAGCAUUGGUGUGUUUGGCCAGAAAUAUGGGAGAUGUAUAUGCAGAAAUAAUCACAAACCUCCCGGAGCGCAUAAUUGUUGAUAAUAAACACGAGCUUUGCAUUCCGGAUGAUAUUAUGAACAGACAGGACAGACUAGUGACUGCAGCUACUCAACACAUAAUGAUGCAAGAUGAGAAACAACGACUGCGAUUUCUGCGAAUACUUUUUGAAAAGAGUGUACUUUCUCCGCAAAUCUACAAUAGAGCCCAAGAACAAGCAAACUGUGAAAUGGAAGAGAUGGAGAUUGAAUUGAGCUGCCAUGAUAGAGAUGCGGCAGAAUACAUUGGCAAGAUCUAUUUAGAUCAAGAAAAUAUGGAAGUUAUUUCCAAUGCAGAAACACACGUUGCACAUUCUCCAGAGAGGAAACAAAAUAGAAGUUCAAUGCGGAAGUUUCUCAAGAGGAUAUUUGUUUGCAGCCAACGUAAAAGUAAAUUUUCCGGGGAUGAAUGUUCAGAUAAGAAAAGAGUCGACAAUGCAAUUGACAAACCCCCUAAAACUGGCCAGAGGAAAGAUGAAUGUGAUAAUGAUUCAGGCCGAUCUAUUUUUAGUCCACGAAAUACACUUACCUUAUGAUAUAGAUGGUCAGGUUGAAAAUCGUGAUUGCAGUGAUGAUUCGGGUGUUUCAUCACUGACAUCAGCCGAUUAAGCGCUUCAAAGCUUUUAAGUAUUAAAUGAUCUUGACUUUAUGUUCGCCUUAACAAACCAAAUGUCAAAAUGGAAAACAAUAGCGCGUGUAUAACGCAUACACCUGUCUAUAUACAGUCUUCAAUCGAUCAAUUAAACUUUAGAUUGAUCUUACAAUUGCAAAAACACGAAACCGAAAGUUGGACGGCUUAGUUUAUACUACAUUCUAGCUCGAUUUUUACGAAGGCGGAUAGGUAAUAGAAUCACGCUCUAGUUCGUAGCCGGUACUGGCAUUCAUUUUGGGAGAGAAUGUACCCCUGGUAGGAAUCGAAAUCACAACCUCUUUUGAGAUAUCCACACACCUAGACCAUUAGAAAUUCAUCGCAUAACGAUAUACAUCAAAACUAUUGAUCUUGCUAUCGUUUGUAUUGUGUCAGCAGAUGCCGUAAAAUAUAAAUCAACAUUUUAGAAAGUGUACAUUUAUUAUAUUUUAAGUGCAUUGUUGCCAAAAGUGUUUUAGUUUUACGUUUUAAAGUGAUUUCAAGUGGUUGAUCGUUUCCCGCGUUCUUGUGACGUCAUUUGAAAAAAUGUUUCCGGUUACAGUCGGGUCGUUCUAUUUACAGAAUGGGUAAAAUAUAUUACUGAAAGUUAUUCUUAAAUGAAAUGAAGUAUUUUUUUAACAAUUGUUGAAUGAAAUGAUGAACUAUUGGUGUAUAUAUAAGGAAUGAAUUGCGGGGCUGAUGUCAUUAUCGGGGAUAUGAACACAGUUUGGCUGGUCAAAGUACGCGAGGAGUCCUUUCAUACACUUUGACCAGCCCAAUUGCGUUCUUACCCCGAUAAUGACAUCAACCCGCAAUUCAUUCCUUAAAACAACGUCACUACGAAGUUUGCAUAUCACAUGACUUUUUUAAUUAAAAAAUACAACAUUGCUUUAUUUACUUAUAAUUUUAAUUCGUUUUAAUAUUUUUUAAACAAAAUAACCAUACAUUCUCUGUUAUUUCCAUAAUUUGUUUAUAUUAAUUGAAGAGAAGGGAGGUAAGCUUAUUGCAUCGUUUGGUUUCGUACAGUUCCUUAAUUAUAUCUAUCAUACCAUUAUAUGGAAUAAAUGUGCAAUGAAUUUAUAAAGUUAAGCCAUUUAUUAUAAGUCAUAUUAUUUGCAAAUACAAACCAUCAUCCAAACUUUUUAUCUGAGUUAUGAUGAAUCGCGUCCUAAGGUUCGUAAACCAAGCUACGUAAAACGUGAAGCCUACGAGUUAUAUAAUGCCCAUUACAAGUGUCUAAAUGAUUCUUAUAACGGUAUAAGACAUUUUUUGUAUCUUGAUUUUUCUUGUUUUCUUUAAUUAAUAUAUACAAUUUUUUGUUGAUAAAGGUUGUCUUUAUCAAACAAAUUGUAUAGUUUUAUUAUACAACAAUAAUGUUGGCUGGUCCAUUUCUAUCACGUGAUCCUUCAUGAUACCACAUUGAAACCUAAUCCAAACUCGAUUCCACGCGAUGUCAAUGAUUAAUUCAAUAUCAGAAAUUCCGGUAACAACUCGCGGUGAUCGUUUUGAAUUAAUAAAGUAUAACGGUGCAUUGCAAAUAAUCCAUAACACUAUGAAACUACAUGGAUUUGAAAUUUUGGGGCCUGUUUCUAUAAAGAAUCUAAAGAAUUGCUCGAAUUCAAUUCAAGCAGAUAUUUAUCAACAAAAGAGAGAACAUAACACAAUAAGGAAACAUCUACUUAGAUAGUAAUGGAACCUACCACGGAAGCCAAACUUCUUUAAAAUUAUUUCAUGGACCAUUAAGUACAGCCUGGCUUCCCUUCAUUGUUUGUUUGUCAGAUUGAUAUGAAAAGAAGCGCUGGGGUGGUAUUCAAUAUUGGUCUUAAUUGUAUCUAAGAAUGAUGGAAGUCAAUGACCAUGUAUGACCAUAAGAUUUUAGUUUUACCUCAUUGUUUUUAAAACGACGUUAACAUAACUUUAAACACACACAACAUAAUUUAAUGUGAAUAUUCAAACUCAGUUUUGUUUUUUGUGUGUUUUUUUUUUCAUGUAAAUGUGUAAGUACUCUGUUCUUAGCAUUUGGUUGUACAUGGCCCAUCUGCAUUUAAAAGUCAUUACUCGAAAAAAUAAUGAUGUAUUUUGUUCUGAUUACUGUGUUCAUAGCUCAUUUACAUGUACAUGUAAUUUUAUAUUGUUGUAUCGCAGCAUAUUAUUAUCUCUAUGUGUUUAUAAAGAUAAAUUACUUUCAUAUGUGUACACACAUAACUAAAUACAUGUAUUUUAAAGGUAAUCAAAGGUGUACUUAUUGUUUACCUUUGCUUUACCUAUCCAUUAAUUCGGCAAAUAACUGUCUAAAUGUUUGAUAUGAAUGCCUCUUUACAGUGCAUGUGCGAAUCACUUAACAACUCCAUGCUAAAAUUAAGAAAAUAAUUUGACACCUUAAACGAAAUGUUAUGGUAGUUUAUAUCAGAGGCUUUGUAAAUGAUUACAUCGAAAUUUGUCCGGCAAUUUAAUUGGCAGAGGCAUAAGCGUAAACACUAAUGGGAAUUUUGUCUUGAAGAGCAUGAAGCGAAAUCGGCUGACCAAUAAAUUAGGAUAAACCCAUGUUAUGUCUUUUAUCAUAUAAACAUCAUUUUUGACAUAUGUUUUUGUAGUGAAAAGUCUUUAAUGGGUGUUGUUUAACACGGUUUUAUCCUGUGGCUAAAUUCCUUAGCCUGAAGUGCCCUAUGUAACUGGAAUCAUUAUUGACCAUUUGGCUAACAUUAAAUUAAUGUGCUUUAAUGUAUGCAUGUUGAAACCAUGUAAAUUAAUAAUUAUAUACAUUGUAUAUAUCUGCAUGUCUACAGAUAAUUGUGUGUCCAUUUUAGACAUGAUAAGUGUUAGUAUUUAUACUAGACGGACAUUGUUUUGUUACGUUCCCAGUUUUAUGCAUUUUUUGUUUGUUUUGAGUGGUUGUUUGUUUUAAAACUGCGAUUGUUUUAUUAUUAUUUGAUUUACUUAUUCUGUUUAAAUGUGCUUCUGAAUAUAAAAAUAGUCUUUAUAGCCACAUAACGUAUAUUCGCAUUUUGAAAAAAAAAGGAAUUUAAGAUUGUCUUUAGAAUAUUUUUGCAUCCUGACAGAAGGUAAUCAGAAAGCUUGGGUAAAUUGAUAAAGUGAUAAGAAGGCAUACAGAUGGACAAACGUAGCUAUUGCUUUAUAUUACGGAAUCCUAUUAGGGCCAUCGCGAUCCCACACCUCGCCCUAUUAAUUGCCUAAGAAUAAAAACGCGACAUUUGUCUUUUACAUUUUUGCAACUUAUUUUCUUUCACAUAUAUACUACUUCGUGUAUGAAAACUAUCGUUGUUUACGUUUGAAAUAUAAUAAAAGAGAUGCGAGA